AUGGGUAAGCGCAACCUGCCGGUGAUAACGGCCUUUGCCGGUCGACCGUUCGCACCUCGCCUACCCCUCACCUCGGUACUGGACGUGACAUGCAUCGUAGGCCUCCAAAAUUGCCUCUCAUUGGAGAUAUCUGCCAAUGCGUACUUUUCCCCGAAAACGGAGAUGCCGGGCCUGGAGCAAUUCGGCAAUGGUACCGGUCUUUCUCCGAUGUGGCCGAUUACCCUCCAGGUAGGCAGCCCCGCUAACCCCUCGAUGCGAAGCACCUGCGUCCCGCCUGCACCACCAACUGCAACGAAGGCCGUAACGCCGCACUGCCGCAACGCUGUCCCACGCACCCACGCACUUCCCUCUCCCACUUCCAGUCUCCCACUUCAUUCCCUCCCCCCGGGCCUUUGCGCUUGUUCAGAACCAAAACGAGAUAUUUCACCCCCCCAGAAGAAGGGCAGUCUCAGUGUCAUUCCUAACCUUAGUCACGCAAUCCCCGUCCGGAACACAGAAACUCCAAAACACACCCCUCAGCAACCAGAAACGUCCUUUUUACCGUCAUCCCAAGAAAAACCUCCAAGCUCACUGUUCAAUUGCUUUGGCCAACGCAGAUCCCGUCAUUCUCCGUCCCCCGUCCCCUUCCGCCCGCUGCUGCCUUUGGCCCAGGCACCGACCGAACCGAUAGCCACAUUCCGAGACACCGAACCCCUCAAGGAACAUCACGGAGCCCUCGCCGACCUUCCCUUAGCUCCUCCCCGCCCUAUCCAUAGUCGAUACCCAUUCUCUCCUCUCACAGGACCUCCUACCAUCCACCCUCGUCAUCCGACCGACGACCGACGACAGAGACCCAGCAACCCAAGGGAACAGAACAAAAAGUUGAUGAGAGCUGGUUUCCGGCUUUUCUCGCCCCCAGCCUACUACCACCGUCCGCCGACCUCUCUUCUCCGGCGUCUCAGCACGCCGCGCAGCAACAACCCCUUCGCCGCGUCCAUCACCGCCGCCGCCCGCCCGCGAACCCUCACAAUGGUCGCCACCCCGGAGGAAAUCGAGGCCAUGGCGCCCCCCGGCUACUCCUUCCCGGAGCACCGCCUCCGCCUCCAGCAAUCCGAACCCGACCGCGAGCCCCUCGUCCUCGUCGCUCCCGGCUCCUACAGCCCCAUCACCUUCCUUCACCUGCGCAUGGCCGUCAUGGCCGCAGACUACGUCCGCUACAACACAAACUUUGAGCUCAUCGGCUCCUACCUCUCCCCCGUCUCCGACGCCUACAAGAAGCGCGGCCUCGCACCCGCCUGCCACCGCCGCCGCAUGUGCGAGAUCGCCGCCGAGCAGACCUCACGCUUCCUCAUGGUCGAUCCCUGGGAGGCCGAGCAAACGGCCUACGUGCCCACCGCCCUCGUCCUCGACCACUUUGAGCACGAGAUCAACGUCAAGCGCGGCGGCUGCAACGGUAAGCGCGUGCGUAUUGCCGUGCUUGCUGGCGCCGACCUGAUUAACACGAUGAGUCAGCCUGGCGUCUGGUCACCUUCUGAUUUGAGACAUAUCCUGGGUGACUUUGGUGCUUUCGUGCUCGAGAGGGCUGGUGUAAAUAUUGACGAGGCACUCGGUAAUCUUAAGGAGUACGAGGACCAGAUCUACUACAUUCCGCAAGUCGUUCCCAACGAUGUUUCGAGUACCAAGAUUCGAUUGUUGCUGAGGAGGAAUAUGAGCAUUGACUACCUCAUCCCUGCUGAAGUCAUCAAGUACAUCGACGAGCACGGCCUCUACAACGAAGACGACACAGCAACAAACGAGAAGGGAAAGGAGAAAGAGGUAUUUCGGACAAACGCCCCGUGGGAGUUUGUAGAAAAGAAAAAAGAGGAGAGAGCGAGACAGAUGCGAGAAGCGAGGGACAUGAUCCCAGAUCCAGAUGAGACAGAAAGAUCAAAGAGCAAAGAGGAGGACAAGCAGGGGAACAACUGGCGUGGCUAUCAGCGUUUGGGUUUUAUGAGACGACGGCACAAAGGUGUUCACAGCAGGGCGGGCUUGCACAAGACCGCCGGAAGUAGACAACAGCGCUACGUUUCCAAGCAUAAGCGACUGAUCAGGAGCCUCGAUAGGUGGCUGCCAUGGUUCGAUGGGUAUGCCAGGCUUACAAUUGGUGUUCAACAGCCAAAGUGGCACUUCAAGGGUGCUAUCUACAGUCUACCUGAACCAGACCACCCUCUCCACAACCGCUGA